AUGUCGAAACGCAGGCAGUCGAAGCUUUCUCAGGACCAGCUCGCCGAGCUGCAGAAGUCGACGCACUUUGACAAGAAGGAGCUGCAGCAAUGGUACAAGGGCUUCCUCAAGGACUGCCCCUCGGGCAUGCUCAGCAAGGAGGAGUUCCAGAAAAUCUACCGCCAAUUCUUCCCUUUUGGAGAUCCGAGCUCAUUCGCAGAGUACGUCUUCAACGUCUUCGACAGCGACGGAUCCGGCAGCAUCGACUUCAAGGAGUUCAUCUGCGCCCUGAGCGUCACCAGCCGCGGCAGGACGGAGGAUAAGCUGGAUUGGGCCUUUCAGCUCUAUGACAUUGACGGGGAUGGAAAGAUCUCCUACGACGAGAUGCUCCAGAUUGUCGAAGCAAUCUACAAGAUGGUCGGCUCCAUGGUCAAGCUCCCCGAAGACGAAGACACCCCCGAGAAGCGCGUGAAGAAGAUUUUUGCCAUGAUGGACAAGGACGAGAACGGCAGCCUAGACGCCGAGGAGUUCAAGGAGGGCAGCAAACGUGACGAGACGAUCGUGUGCGCCCUCUCGCUAUACGAUGGAUUGGUAUAG